AUGGCUUCCACAUCCCUCAGCUUCGCUUCUCCCGUGCGCCCUGUUGGUACAUCGUUACCCUGGGCUAGAACCUCCCCUGACAGCAGAUCACGCUCAUCAAGAGGAUCAAGCAAUGACAGCGAAGAGCCGCGAGAUGAUGGCUGGGUAGACGAAGACCUUAGGUCAGGUGGCCCCGUCCUCGCACCAUCUCCGUGCACCACAGUCUCGCUGGAACAUCGCAGCCCAUACGUGUGCACGUUGGAUGCACGUACGGAGAUGAGCAAACGCGUCCGAGCAAUCCUCAAGCAAUCAAACGUUGCCGUCAAGGCAUUUACGCUGUGCUAUCGUCAAUGUCUUCUCUUUCUGGACGCCGAGCUCGUGCCGACCCUCCUGGAUGAGAUCCUCGGCCAGAUCUGUGAUAGCAUCAACUGCAGCUCUGUCCUCUCCAUAGAGUGUUUCCGGUUUGGAGAGAGUCUCGACGAUGAUAAGAACCCCACCACCAUCGUCAUCACGGUCGACCGUAGGUCAGAUGGCUCCUGGAAGAGCGCAAGGGAGGCCAUCGUGUCAAUUCUGAGCCGACACAACCUACACCACGUAGCCGUGUUGAUCGGGCAGGGGCAGAUCUAUCGAGGCGUAGAUAUCUUGGAUAGACGUUUGCCGCCCGAUAAUGCGUGGGAGCACGAGAUGCAAGUCGGACUGAGCCUCGGUAUUUACCAGUUCGGACACUCAUCUUCAACUUUUGGAGGAUGGAUUGAGCUCAAACAGGAAGAAGGGUCGGCUUGGAAAAAGCUAGGGUUGACCUGCUUUAACUGUGUCCUCCCAAACUUAGAUGAGCUCUCCGAAGCCGAUCAAAUUGCAAUUCACAAGACGUUUCUAAAGGGCAUCUCGAUUAAUGACCCUCUCGGCAAAAGACUCUUCCGUUUGGAACAGCCAUCUUUGAAAGACGCGACUCCAGCCCUCGACAAGCUGGCGGAGGAGGUGAAUGAGGUCCCGCCUCACUGGUUCACAGCUAUCAAAGAGGCUAUCCGGGAAGGUGGGGAUGUGAGCCCGAACUGGCGCAAAAAUUAUGAUCAGAACAUGGCUCGACUCGCUGUGGCUUCCAAGAAAAUGGCCAAUAUACAGCAAUUCCACAAGCCACCAACAUCAUUUCCAUCUUGCCUGCCAUCUGACGACCUACUUUCAUCCUUCUUGCCAAUUAAUCCUAGGAUGGAGUCACUCGAGAGUCAUAGUCCUUCAUAUGCGGGAUGUGUAUUCGCAGCAUCUGGAUACCGACAGGCGAUUUCGACAAUCCGUAGAGAGAAACGCCAGGUAUCUUGGGCCCUUAUUGAAGUGCCAGAGAGUAGACAUUCGCAAAACAACCUCUCCACGUAUGCGACGGACUCCGGUGUCUAUUUUUCAAUACUUCAGCCGUUCCCAGGUAUUCCAGAAGAGAACACGAAGGUCAUCAAGUUAGGACGGUCCACGAGAAGGACAAAAGGGUAUUUCUCUGGUCUAAGGAGCGCCCAUCUCAACGUGCCUGAUGGCAAGGAUGGCAUGUCACAGGUGGAAACCCUCGAGUACGCUGUGAUAGGAGCUUCCGUUUCACCCUUUUCAGAUCCUGGCGAUUCUGGUGCUUUGGUCUUCGAUACGUCUGCAAACUGUAUCGGAAUGAUCUUCGCCGGGAAUACAUUAACAAAGACAGCAUAUGUGACACUCUUGCCAGAUCUCUUCGACGACAUCAAGUUUAUUACCGGUGCCAUAGCCGUUCGCAUUGCGCAUUGA